AUGGAUAAAAACCACCAUGAUUGCGCGUCGAUUAGUAAUAACCGAGGGUGGACAUUAAAAUGUAAGAAAUCCACAGAAUGCUCUCCUAAAACCGCUACGUACUACAAAUGUGAUCUGGAAAGCACAGGCACAAAAAAAUGUUGUGAUGGCGAUUUAACAAUAUAUGGAGGUGAAGUACCUUCUACAUUUACCUGCAAAGACAGAAGGUGUCCGCAGAACUACAAAAGCGGGAAAACUGUAUCAUCGUCAUCAAAAGUACCAUCGGCAUCAAAAUUAUUAUUAACAUCCUCGUCAUCAGCAUCAUCAUCAUCAGCAGCAGAAACAGUUUCUCUAACUUCUUCGGCAUCAGUAGUUUCAUGGGUAGUGACACUAAUAACAACAUUAUCGCCAUCAGCAUUAUCAUCGCCAGUUUCUCCAACAUCCUCCUUAUCAAUAGUGUUAAAAGUAGUAACGCCAAUAGCAACAUCAUUGUCAUUAGCAUUAUCGUCGGAAGUUGAAAUGGUUUUUCCCACAUCCUCGUCAUCAAUAGUAUCAAGAGUGGUAACGCUAAUAACAAAAUCAUCGUCAUCAGCAUUAUCAUCGCCAGAAGGAGAAGUUUCUCCAACAUCGUGGUCAUCAACAGUAUUAAGAGUAGCAACGCCAAUAGCAGCAUCAUCGUCAGCAGCAGAAAUAGUUUCUUCAACAUCUUUGUCAUCAUUAGUUUCAAGGGUAGGAACAAUAAUAACAACAACAUCGUCAGCAAGAUUCUCAUCGGUAGCAGGAACAGUUUUUCCUUCAUCUUCGUCAUCAAUAUUAUUAUCAGUACAAAAAUUAUCCCCAGCAUCAUCUUCACAAAUUUUAUCAUCAGAAGUAGCAUUAACAUCACUAACAACUUUGUCGUCAAUAGUUUUAUCGGCACCAAAGUUUUCACUUAAACCUUCGUCAUUAAUUGCAUCAUCGGCCACAAUGUUCGCGUCAUCAUCAAAACUAUCACCAUCUUCAAAUGUUUCAUCAGGAAGAUCAUUAUUAUCAAUACCAUCCUCAUCAGGUCUAUCAUCAACAGUAUCAUCAUUCCUAGUGUCUCCGUCAGCAGCUGUAAAACCAACGCCAACAUCAUCACCAUCACCAACACCAGAAACAUUUCAAAAGCUGGCAAAUGAUGCUGUUUCAGAGCUCGAUAGCCUAAAUAUCACCAGCAACAAUUCCUUACAGGAAGCUGCAAAUGUGUUUGAAAACUUCACCACUAAAUAUCGGAAAACGACCCACGGAGAAGAACAGUCUGGAGUAGAUGAACUCAGAACGGAGUCUAUUUUUAAGGUGGCAGUCGCCUUCGAGAAAGUUGUUCUUAGCUAUGGCAAAUACCAUCUAAGUGGAACAAAGAGUUCAAAAAGGAUCGUUCGGGACAACAUAAGUGAGUAUUUACAUGGCUGUCUAUUCAGAUUUGUGACAAUCGAUCAUCUAUUCAGUAGCUGUCUGACUAAUCAAGAGAUCCUUGGUAUUCAAAAAGUUUAUGGACAAAAUGCAAGUAACUUCUAUCUGGAGAAACACGAAUGGCAAGCAUCUAUUAAUAUUUCCUCAGGGAAUUUUGCCGACAAUGCUGAGCUGGCCAACGGGAACACGAGUGACACGUUUGGCUACGAGAAACUUGAUGAGAGUAAAGCACGUUACCUGUCAUUGGCGCUUCGCCGAAAGUUUGCUUCGCCGUCUUUUGAAUCACAAUGGGAGGCCAUGCGUGUGAAAUAA